CCCUAAGAAUGCUGGUGGCGGCGGAUUUCUGGCGCGCUUCCGGUAAGAUCGAGUGCUCGUCGAUGCGCAUCACUGCGCUGCAUUUCCCCGGGAUUGCUGGAUUCGCAAGCUUGCGCGGCAUCGAUCGCCGCAGGAGGCCAAGAUUUUGCAGCAGGAGGCAAAGAUUUUGUAGCGGAGCUGCGUCGAUCGGGUGCAUUCCAGGGCCAGGAUUGAAAAUCUGCGCGCUCGAGCAGGGCACGGAGGAAUGGCUGGAAAUUCGCAAGGAUCGUCUCACGGCCAGCACAUUUGCGAAUGCGCUGGGGUUCUUCAAAGGCAAGAGGAUCGAGCUGUGGGAAGAGAAGGUCGGGCUUAGAGGCGCUUUCAAAGGAAACCAGGCGACCAGAUGGGGUGUGGAGAACGAAUCCGCCGCGGUGGAGAGCUACAAGAGGAUCACUGGCCAUCUCGUGGAUCACAUUGGUUUUAAAAUCUACAAGGAGGACGAAGAACAGCAAACACUCCGGGAAGAGAAAGGUGGUCGCGAGCAAGCUGAGAAGUUUAGCUGGCUCGGUGCUUCGCCGGAUGGUCUCAUCGAAGGCAACGAGUCCGACUUGUUCGAGAAGAAAGGAAUUCUCGAGGUGAAGUGUCCACACAUGAGAGGGAGGAGAAACGCUGGAGUUCCAUGGACCAAAGUUCCUCACUACUACGUCCCCCAGCUCCAGGGGCUGCUGGAGAUAAUCGGGAGGGAAUGGAUGGAUUUCUACGUAUGGACCGGCAAAAGCAGUGCUUGCUUCCGGGUGACCAAGGAUCCGGAGUACUGGACACUGAUACACGGGUUGCUCAGCGAGUUUUGGUGGGAGAAUGUGAUCCCGGCACGCAAGGCACAAGCAGCCGGAGAAACAAACUUGGAUGCUUUCAAGCCUGGUGCUGAGCACCCAAAAACGGGGGCGAUGAUCAAAAAGAGCAAAGAGCUGGGUAUGUCGUAUCCUUUGAUAUGGCAUGACGUUGGUGGCACUGUGCAGCCCGUGCAGGCUGGACUUAACUUGACACUCUCCAUCCUCUCGACCACCAAAGUGGAAAAAACUGCCAAGGAGGAAGCUUGAGCUGUGAGAGAGCCUUUCUUCUUUUGGGAUACUCCAAGAGACUGGAAGGAUCUAACGUCCUGGAGAUCGUUUUCACCAGAUCUAAGGUAUUGAUAAGCAAAGUAGAAGUUAUGGAGCUGAUGAAAAAUUGCUUUGGUUCCCCGUGAGAUGAACCAAAGCUUGAGGCUGCUGUUAGAAGAGCGAUGCAUCGCAUCUAGACCUCUUUGUAUUGGUGCAUCAUAGGCAGUCUUCUGGUUUCAGAUAGAGAUGACUCCGUGUACAAACUGUUUAUGCUGUUGCUACGUCUUUCUCCAAGCGUGAGCAGACAAAAACUGCCAGAGAUGAACUUACAUCAGAUAUUUGUUUUGUU